AUGGUAAAGCCAUUAUUAUUCAAGGGCGAGAAGAAAUCAAGGAAGCGCAAAGCUCCUUCAACUGAAACACGCAAUGACCCAGCAGACGUAAAGGCACUGGCGAUGCCUAGUCAUCAAAUCGAUGUCCCAGAAGCGGAUGGUUGGGUGAGUGCCGAAGCUGCGACAGACGUCAGUGGUCCCAUCAUCUUCGUUUUACCUUCUUCCCCGCCAUACUGCAUCGCGUGUGAUGCCAAUGGAAAGGUUUUCACCAGCGAAUUGGAAAAUCUUGUCGAAGGGGAUCCCAAUAGUGCAGAACCCCACGAUGUGCGCCAGGUUUGGAUCGCGAGCAAGGUGGCAGGGACAGAAGAGUUUAGCUUCAAAGGGCAUCACGGCCGGUACUCAAACUCGAUGCCUUUUCUGGGCUAUGAAAUCUUGACAAUGUACAGAUAUCUAAGCUGUGACGAGACUGGAAGUCUCUCAGCAAAUCGCGAAGCCAUUUCUCCUGAGGAAUCCUUUCGCUGCAUCCCAUCUCCCAAGGUGCCCUGCGCCUUCAGUGUUCAGACCGUCAGAGACACAUUCCUCAACGCGUUGGAUGAAGUGAAAGGCCUAGAGGUCCGAGGUGACACCGAAUCUGUAUCUUUCAAAUCCACGCUGCGAAUACGGAUGCAGGCGAGGUUUAAGCCAAAGAACAAAGCGCACAAGGAGCAGAAGGUGAAGGAGAGGAUCAGUCGUAAGGAGUUGGAAGGAGCGGUAGGGCGACAUCUGGAAGACGAUGAAGUUCGACGACUCAAGAAGGCGAGGAUGCAAGGUGAUUUCCACGAAGCGAUUCUAGAUGUCAGAGUUAAGGGAAAACACGAUAAAUUCGGCUGA